GUCCUCAGACUGAGCUGGGCAGGUCUGCGCUAAGGAGAUUUGGUCCCACUGCCCUGUGGGACAGAAUAAAGGAGAAGUCGGAGGCAGGCCGUGGCAGAGCAAGAAAGGAGUUGCUGGCUGUACAAUGAAAACGCUUGUUCUUUUGCUGCUGGUGCUCCUGGACCUGGGGCAGGCCCAAGGAGCACUGCACAGGGUGCCCCUCAGGAAGCGUCAGUCCCUCCGAAAGAAGCUACGAGCUCAGGGCCAGCUCUCUGAGUUCUGGAAAUCCCAGAGUUUGGACAUGAUCCAGUUCACUGAGUCCUGCCAGAUGGAUCAGAGUGCCAACGAGCCCCUCAUCAACUACCUGGAUAUGGAAUACUUUGGCACCAUCUCCGUUGGCUCCCCACCACAGAACUUCACCGUCAUUUUUGACACCGGCUCCUCCAACCUCUGGGUCCCCUCGGUGUACUGCACCAGCCCAGCCUGCAAGACACACCCCAGGUUCCACCCUACCUGGUCCAACACGUACAGUGCAACAGGGAGACAUUUCUUCAUUCAGUACGGGACUGGCAGCUUGUCUGGGGUCAUUGGAGCAGACCAGGUCUCCGUGGAAGGACUGACGGUGGUCGGCCAGCAGUUUGGGGAGAGUGUCACAGAGCCUGGCCAGACCUUCGUGAACGCAGAGUUUGAUGGAAUUCUGGGCCUGGGAUACCCCUCCUUGGCUGUUGGAGGGGUGACCCCAGUGUUUGACAACAUGAUGGCCCAGAACCUGGUGGAUGUACCCAUGUUUUCUGUCUACAUGAGUAGUGACCCAGAAGGUGGAGCAGGGAGCGAGCUGACUUUUGGAGGCUACGACCACUCCCAUUUCUCAGGAAGUCUGAAUUGGGUCCCAGUCACCAAGCAAGGCUACUGGCAGAUUGCACUGGAUACAAUCCAGGUCGGGAGCACCCUGAUGUUCUGCUCAGACGGCUGCCAGGCCAUUGUGGACACAGGGACCUCCCUCCUCACAGGCCCCUCAGGUGACAUCAAGCAGCUGCAGAAGGCCAUUGGGGCUGCGCCCAUGGAUGGAGAAUAUGCUGUGGAGUGUGACAAUCUCAACAUCAUGCCGGAUGUCAUCUUCACCAUCAAUGGAGUCCCCUACAUUCUUCAACCAACUGCCUACACCCUGGUGGACUUCGUGGAUGGAAUGGAGCUCUGCCUCAGUGGCUUUCAAGGUCUUGACAUACAGCCUCCAUCUGGGCCCCUCUGGAUCCUGGGCGACGUCUUCAUCAGACAGUUUUACUCCGUCUUUGACCGUGGGAAUAACCGGGUGGGGCUGGCCCGAGCCACUCCCUAAAGAGUGGCCUGGGUCUGUGCCUGCCUGCCUAACACCUGUGGAAAUCCAGCUGGGCCUGUUAGGGCGGGGCAUCACUCACACCUGCCACAAAGUCAUUUUUAAAAGAAUGCUUUUGUUCCAGAGCUGCAACUUGAAUUGGGACCAAACAGAGCAUGAGACCACACACACACACACACACACACACACACAUUUCCAUAUACCCGCCACUUCCACCACCAUCAUGACAGAAGAACUAAGUGCUAUGUCCAUGUUUUGAUUGCUCUUUGCUAAUGUUUUGUUAUGGAAAUCUCCAGACAUGUAGAGAAGCACAGAGAUGAUAGAGCAGUGAACCCCUGGGCACAGCCCGCCUGCGCGCGGCCAGGACCGUUCCAUGUGCACCGCCACCCACCCCGCUCUCCAGCCCCACAGACCUGCAUUAUUUUGAAGCUAACUCUUAGCAUCACAUCAUUUAUGAAUAAAGUCCAUAAGAAGGACUUGUGAGCAAA